CUUAUCUCGUCGGGACGCAAUACAGCAGGAAACAUGCCGCUGUCCCUGCCAGCAAACUUGCGUCCCAGCCAGCAGCAGAUAGCCAAGGCUGCUGCAGCGUACGGCAGGCAUCGCCCGCUUGUACAGAAGGCCCUCACCGCAGGGUUUGUCGUCUACGUCCUCUCUGCGACGCACCACUCCCUGUUCUCACGUGCGGGGCCGCCGCAGCCGCGCGGCAAGGGUAAAGGCAAGGCAAGAGCGGAGGAGGACGGCAAGAAGCCGCCGAGAGUCGCUGUAGAUGCCAUCUUCUACCAACGUCUGUCAAUGAUCCUUCGUAUCGUAAUCCCGAGUAUACGAUCCAAAGAGGCGCUGCUGCUGUUCAUGCACUCGAGUCUGCUCAUAUUCCGGACGAUCAUCUCGCUGUAUGUUGCAGCCCUAGAUGGCAGGAUUGUGGCAUCUCUCGUCCGUGCACAGCCUGUGCCGUUCCUGCUCAACAUCCUGAAAUGGCUCCUGGUCGCGAUCCCCGCGACGUGGACGAACAGUUGGCUGAGUUUUGUGCAAAGCAAGCUCGCGUUGGCGUACAGGACACGCUUAACGAAUGAGAUUAUGACCAAGUACCUCGGGAGUGACGCGGAGACCAACGAUAAGAUCUUCUACAAACUAGCGAACCUCGACGAUCGCAUUAAGAACCCCGAUCAAAUGAUCACUCAUGACAUUCAACGCUUCUCAAAUCACCUAGCUGCAAUAUACUCCAACCUGGCGAAGCCAAUAUUAGACGUCAUAUUGUAUAAUUACCAGCUUUCUCGCAACGUGGGAGCGGAAGGCCUUGUCGUCCUGACCAUCCUCGUCCAGUCGUCCGCCGCCUUGCUGAAGGUAUUAACACCCUCCUUUGGUGCGUACGCCGCACAGUCUGCACAGUUGGCCGGCUCCUUGCGCCACACGCACUCCCGGCUCGCCGAGUUCUCAGAAGAGAUUGCCUUCUUCGGCGGCGAGGAGACGGAGAAGAUGCUCAUCGAGCGCGAGAAUGCGGGGCUCAUGAAGCACGAGAACAUGGUUCUUAACAAGAGAUGGUGGCAUGGUUGCGUCGAGGAGGGCAUCGUGAAGUGGUUAUGGGGCAGUUUCGGGCUGUGCAUCUGUGCGAUCCCCGCAUUCUUCAAGCUCCCAGGAGUCCAUGCUUUCGACUUGGGGAGUCGAACUGAAGGCUUCGUCACGAAUAGACGUCUCCUUCUAUCGUCGUCUGACGCAUUCGGACGGGUGAUGUACUCGUACAAAGACCUCUCAGAGCUCGCUGGAUACACUGCACGCGUGUCACUACUUAUGGAGACUAUGUCCGACGUCGAGAAGGGCAAAUUCGAGAAAGCGCUCGUUAGCAGCGCGGACACGGAAGAGAAUGCUAAGAUCUUGAAGGGCCGCGGUCAAGUCAUUGAGUCGGACGAGAUCGAGUUCCAGAAUGUGCCUAUUGUCACUCCCAACGGCGACGUACUUGUCAAGGCUUUGAGCUUCUAUGUGAAGCCUGGACAACACUUGCUCAUCGUCGGUCCCAACGGCUGCGGCAAGUCCUCACUCUUCCGUAUAUUGGGAGGUCUUUGGCCAGUAUACGGCGGCGUUGUCAGAAAGCCUCCAGCUUCUGAUUUUAUUCUCAUCCCUCAGCGGCCAUACUUAUGUCUGGGUACACUGCGAGAUCAGCUUAUCUACCCCCACAAUAAAGUAGAUAUGGAAGCCCGCGGUGUCACAGACGGCGACUUGUUCGCAAUCCUCGCCCGUGUUCACAUGGAACACAUCGUCGAGCGCGAGGGCGGCUGGGAUGCAGCUCGAGAAUGGCGCGAGACACUCAGCGGCGGCGACCAGCAAAAGAUUGCAUGGGCCAGGUUGUUCUACCACCAGCCCAAGUACGCAGUGUUGGACGAAGCGACAUCUCUCGUGCCUGUGGAGAUGGAAGCGUUGAUGAUGCAACACGCCAGUGAGCUCAAGAUCACACUGCUCACUGUGUCGCACCGCCCGUCGUUGUGGAAAUAUCAUUCGAUGAUAUUGCAGUACGAUGGGCAGGGCGGAUAUGUGUUCACGAGGCUUGACGCGGAAAAACGGCUCGCGCUUCAGCAAGAGAAGGAAGCGCUCGAGGCAAAGCUUUUGGAAGUACCGAAGAUGAGGGCCAGACUGCAGGAGCUCAGGGCGGCAGCAGAGGCAGAGAUGCGGUCAUAGUGUAGAUUCGGACGUAAUACGCGGGGUACUGAAUGGAUUGGAUGUGCGAUUUGCGUUCAUGUCUGGGCGUCGACUCUUUUGGAGCGUGAAAGCCCGCUGACGUGCUUGUCCUUAGAAAAUAUGUCGCAAA